CCCCAGCACACCCGUGAGAUUAACCGGUGGUACAUCGCUUGUGGACCAAUCCCCUCUCAGACACCCCAUGCUACGCUACGACUCCCCCGCAUCUGACUGGGAUAGCGCCCUCCCGCUUGGUAACGGUCGCCUGGGUGCCAUGGUCUAUGGAGGUGUGCACAGAGAAACGCUGCGCUUGAACGAAGAAAGCGUUUGGUAUGGAGGGCCGAUGAACCGCACUCCUGUUGGAGCAAAAUACCACCUAAAGCACUUGAGGGAACUCAUCCGCGCUGGAAAACAUCGCGACGCCGAAGCCUUGGUUGGGAAACGCUUCCUCGCUACUCCCAAGAGCAUGAGACAUUACGAGCCACUAGGCACGUGCAUGGUCGACUUUGAGUAUCCCAAUGAGCAAUCAGGCUCUGGGUCUACCGAAGACGUUGUAAAGGACUACCGAAGGAGCCUCGAUCUUGCACGAGCUGAGACGGUAGUGCAAUAUACUGUCAACGGAACGCAAGUGCGUCGCGAGGUCAUCACAACGCACGCAGACAAUGUCAUCGCGUUCCGUGUUGUAGCUUCCAGGGAGGUCACCUUCAGAAUCAGCUUGACACGUAUGAGCGAUGUCGAGUGGGAGGUCAAUGAGUUCUUGGAUUCGAUCGAAGUGAUCGAUGAACGUAUUGUACUGCACGCAACGUCUGGUGGCAAAGGCAGCAACAGCCUGUGCCUUGUGGCAGGAGCGCAGAUCCAUGGUGAAGGAGCUAUUCAAAUCGUUGGUCGUGAGUUGGAAGUCACAACAAAAGAGGCAUUAGUGGUUCUUGCUGCCCAUACUCAGUAUCGUCAUAGCGAUGUUCAGCAGGCGGCGAUGUCAGAUCUGGAGAUCGCGCUGCGAACUGGUUCCGAGAAACUUUGGCAGCGACAUGUUUCCAACUGGCAAAGUCUGUUCAAUCGUAUGAGCAUUCAGCUCUUUCCAGACAACACACAGCUCGCAACGUCUGAGCGGCUGAAGAACACUCGUGACCCUGGCUUGGUCGCACUGUACCAUACAUACGCGCGAUAUCUUCUCUUAUCGUGCAGCAGCUCUUAUCCCAAAGCUCUGCCAGCCAAUCUUCAAGGCAUAUGGAACCCUACAUUCCAACCGCCAUGGGGCUCAAAGUUCACCAUAAACAUCAAUCUCCAGAUGAACUAUUGGGCUGCACAUGUGUCUAAUCUCUCGGAGUGCGAGCUACCGCUAUUCGAACUCUUGGAACGCAUGGCCGUCAAUGGCAAGCGAACGGCAUCAGAAAUUUGGGGAUGUCGUGGAUGGUGUGCGCACCACUGUACCGAUAUCUUUGGCGAUACUGAGUCGCAGGAUCGCUGGAUGCCGUCCACUCUCUGGCCUCUAGGCGGAGCGUGGCUUUGUACUCACGUUUGGGACCACUACAGCUUCACGGGCGACAAAGCUUUGCUUACCAGGAUGGCACCUGUGCUUAAAGGCUGCAUUGACUUCCUACUGGAUUUUCUUAUUGACGACUCCAAUGGGCAGUACCUUAUCACGAACCCUUCCUUAUCACCCGAAAACACAUUCCUGCACAAAGAAAGUCAGGAGAAAGGUGUGUUUUGUGAAGGCUCUACCAUGGACAUGGAGAUUAUUCGGCAGGUCUUUACACACUUUCUUCUCAUUUCCUCUGUGCUCGGGGCCCAAUGCGCAUCGCAAGAUUGUGUGUCCGCGGUUGAGUCUGCGCUAUCCAGACUGCCGCCGAUCACUAUCAGUCCAAAGACUGGCACUAUUCAAGAGUGGGGUUUGAACGACUACGAAGAGACUGAACUCGGCCAUCGGCACGUUUCUCACCUUUAUGCACUUCAUCCGGGCAACACGAUCACAACCUCAUCUGAUCCGACACUUGUCAAGGCCGCCAAGAAGACGUUGGUACGGCGCCUCGAACAUGGAGGUGGUCAUACUGGGUGGUCUAGAGCCUGGCUUAUCAACUUCUGGGCUCGACUACGACAGCCAGCAGAGUGUCAAAAGAACAUCAAAGCGCUACUGAAGGAUAGUACCUUGCCGAACAUGUUAGAUAAUCACCCACCCUUUCAGAUCGAUGGAAACUUUGGAGGUGCUGCAGGUAUCACUGAGUGUCUUGUGCAGUCGCAUGAAGAGACGCAGUCUGAAAACACAGGAUGCUCAGCUAGACUUAUACGUCUGCUUCCAUCUUGUCCUGCUGAAUGGAAGAAGGGCAAGAUUCAAGGUGUACGAUGCCGUGGAGGGUUCGAGAUUGACUUCGAAUGGGAGGACGGGCACAUCCAUGAUCCAGUGCGCAUCAAAUCAUUGUUUGGACACGAAGCUAUACUUGUCUUCCAUAGUGUAGGGUCUGAUGCCCUGGACACAGGUGUUAAAGUCAAGGUUCCUGCAGUUCAGGGCGAACAUACCAUCAGACGCGAUGUCUGAACGAGGUUAGACCUCUGACAUCAUCUUCGAGUUAGGAAGGGUCGACACAGCCAUUCUCGAUACAACGAACAAGUGUGCUAUACAGAGCAUCAAGAUGUCAGCAAACGACCUCCAAGAUAAUCUUCAGAAGAAUAAGAAUUCCAUCUUGAAUGAAGGCAACCUUCUCGG